CCGGGGAGGGCAAUGGCGGCGGCGGGCCCCGGGCCGGGGGCGGCGGGGGUCGCGGGCCGCUUCGCGGGGCUGUCGCUGGUGCAGCUGAACGAGCUUCUGGAGGACGAGGAGCAGCUGACGAGCAUGGUGCAGGAGAUGGAGGAGACGCAGAAUGUUCAGCUUAACAAAGAGAUGACUCUUGCCAACAACCGGAGCCUGGCAGAAGGAAAUCUUUUAUACCAACCACAACUGGACACUUUGAAAGCCAAUUUGACCCAAAAAUACCAAGAACUGCAGGUUCUCUUUGAAGCCUAUCAAAUCAAGAAAACCAAAUUAGAUCAGCAGUCCAGCAAUGCUUCUCUGGAGACAUUGCUAGCCCUUCUUCAAACAGAAGGAGCCAAGAUUGAAGAGGAUACAGAGAACAUGGCAGAGAAGUUCCUCGAUGGAGAGAUCCCUCUAGAUUCAUUCAUUGACGACUAUCAAAAUAAACGGAAACUAGCCCAUUUACGACGAGUAAAAAUUGAAAAACUUCAGGAAAUGGUGCUUAAGGGCCAGAGACUUCCAAAGGCCCAAGUCCAGCUGCAGCCCAGGGUGUCAGAUCCCACACCAGCCCCCAUGGUGCCCUACCCGGUCUCUGAUGCCAGUGUGCCCCCUUCUGUUAUGCCCCGGCGCAUCCCUCCUCCGCCACCCCCCGUUCCUGCUGGACGGUUUGCAACUCCGUUUACAGUGGCCAUGGGAUCAGGACAGGCUCUUCCUUACCCAGGAUUGCAGUGCCCUCCUCUUCCCCCCCGGGUGGGCCUCCCAUCUCUCAGUCACAACCCCCAGCCAGGCUACCCGGCUUCAUUUGCAUCCCCGUACCCCCCGGCCCUCCCUCAGAGACCUCCGAGGCUGCCCCCACACCCCGGCUUCAUCCUUCAGUGAGUCUGCGGCCGUCCCUUCGUCCCGUGGCAGUGCUUGGGAUCCGUCGUCCUCCCUCCGGGCCUCGCACACACGGGAGGAGACGGAGGUCAGAAGUCCUGUCGGGGCUCCCCUUGGGGCCAGGACAUGUUGUGUUUUAGAAUCAUAGUUUCUUGGGUAGCUAGUGUGAUGCAACUUGACUUGUAUGACCCCAGCACGUUGUCUAAGCCGGAGAAGGAAGCCGACAGACUCCGACUCUCAGUGAGAGGCUGACGGCCUCUCCCUUCUGGUUAGAAGAACUUCGCUACCUGCCAUUGUUCAGCCACAUCUAGAAUCGUGUUCCAUCGCAGCUCAUCUCAGCAUGUUUAAUUCUAGUUCUGUUUUUGAAAAGCCAAUUCCACAUUGAUCGGGCCAGUAUUGGACGGUAACUUCUGCUUAGAGGCAAAGCAGCAUGGGGGCUCUCUGCUGCUUUAAAAUCCUGGAUGGGCACAGGAGGUUUUAAAUUUGGUGUAUUUACUUUCUCCAUGAAAUCUGCUUUUGGGGGAAAAUCAUUGCUAGCACCCUCCACCUCCCACCCCCCAAACCUUGCUGCUUUUAAGAUGCUUAAAAGCCGCAGAGCAAAGUUUGCACUUCCCUAAAUGCUGUCUACACCUCCAGAGCCUUGGAAAUUCAGGUCCUGUGGGGAGAACUGUAGAGAAUAGUGGGACCUGGGUUUUUGUAUUAAGGAUUCUGUACCUGAUAUUUCCUCUUGGUUCCUAUCUUUCCCACACCCAACCCCAAAGAGCUCACCAAUAAUUUCCACUUAGAAACACUCUAAAAAUAUUUUUACAACUUGUGGAAUUUUCCUGUUUUCUACAAAAAUUUUUUUGAUGCUCACAGCACCAUUCAGGGAAAUUAUCAAAAAUAUUGAAUACUUAUCGUGCAGAUAAAAUGCAAAUUCUUCUCUCUUGCAAGCAAUGCAUGUGUGUCUGCCGUGCCUUAGGAUCACUGUUGGCGAUUGGACUUGUGACUCUUGGUUGUCUUUCCAAUCCCCUGAUGGCCAUAGCUUCCUUUUUGACUCAAAGGGCUUGGGAAGAAGCUGCUCUGGAGGACUUUGCCCUGGUCUGGCUUGGGGGCACCCUCUAGAGUCACUGGCUCUUCUUUCAGGGAAAGGCUUUUUCUAAGAAUGGUGCUGAUGGGCAUCUGUCCACAAAAACGGAAGAAAACCCCCAUCCCCUGGAGCCUGAAGGCCGUUGGCAUUAAUUGUCCACGCUCCCUGUGAGGGGCAGAUGGGGACAGAUUCUGAAUAUGGUGCUGCAGGGGGGCAACUGCAAAAACAUUUCAGGUGGGGGGUGGGGGAGUGGGAGUGAGACCAGGUCUAGGCCUGACAGAUGCCCAGCCUCCCAGAGUGAACUCCUGGCCACACCCUCAGUGUCCCACAGGGACCCUGCCCGGCUGGCAGCAAAAGGGUCCCCAACCGGAAACCCGAGGCAGGAGCCCGGUGCGAGAGGGGUCAGCACAGGGCAGCCCCAGAAAAGGCUGGAGAAGUAUUUGGAAGGUGGAGAGAUGGGGUUCCUCUGUGUGUGUGACUGCUGGCAGCCGGUGCCAACGUCUGUAGUCCUUCCCGUAAAACACUUGUGCUUCUGUACUUGAACUGUAUGGUCGACCAUUUUAAAGAAAAACUCAAUAGGAUUUUUGGUGCCACAUCAAACGGACUCGCCAGUUCUCCCUGUGGCUUGAAAUGUUUUUGUUAUACCUCUUUAGCUGUGCUCCACUCUUAAGGAAAGCUGGCUCCCACAGCAUUUGAGUCAGCAGCCAAAAGUAUUUACCUUUGUAUUUUGUUUUUGAGAUUGUGAAAAUGGCGCGAAGAGGCUGGCUUUGUCCUCUCCUUCCAGGGGCCAUGUUUGGAACUGUGAGUGUAGGUCUGUAGGAAACUUUAAUAAAAGAAGUGAUUAUUAAUAA